AAGCAGGCGCCAUCUUCUAGAAUAAUAGUAAGCCACACCACUGCAAGAGUUGCGACGGUUCUGUUUAGCUAAUUGUCUGUAAAUGUUAAUAACCCGUAGUUUGGACCCGACACAAUUCGACUUUACCAAAUUUUGAGUACAUUUUGAAAUGGCUACGGGAGCAAAUGCAACCCCUUUGGGGAAGCUGCACCCGAGUAUUGGCGCUAAAAGAGGCUUCGAUUCUGGGCCCGGUGCGGGUUUAAUGCCUCCACCGGGUCCGCCUGUAUCCUUUCCCCCUCUGCAGAAUUUUCAACCCCCAAUGCCAAACGUCUCAUUCCCGCAAGCAAACCAGUUUACCGCAGGGGCCGGUUUUCCGACUCUGGCUCCACAACCGCCUCCAGGAUCUGUAAUGCAGACACAGUCAGACUUCGGUCAGAAAAAGGCCAGGAAGAGGAGUCGUUGGAGUAGUGAAACCCCCGACCAGAAGACUGUCAUUCCUGGCAUGCCUACAGUCAUCCCUCCUGGACUGACUAGGGAUCAAGAGAGAGCCUAUAUAGUCCAACUGCAGAUCGAAGACCUGACUCGUAAACUGCGUACAGGAGACCUGGGAAUCCCUGUUAACCCUGAGGACAGGUCUCCCUCCCCGGAGCCCAUCUACAACAGCGAGGGCAAGAGGCUGAACACGCGGGAGUACCGCACGCGCAAGAAGCUGGAGGAGGAGCGCCACUCGCUCAUCACAGAGAUGGUGGGACUCAACCCUGAGUUCAAACCCCCAGCAGACUACAAACCCCCGGCCACCAGGGUCAACGACAAGGUGAUGAUCCCACAGGACGAGUACCCAGAGAUCAACUUUGUUGGCCUUUUGAUCGGGCCGCGUGGUAACACCCUGAAGAACAUAGAGAAGGAGUGCUGUGCCAAGAUCAUGAUCCGUGGCAAGGGCUCCGUGAAGGAGGGCAAGGUGGGCCGCAAGGACGGCCAGAUGCUGCCUGGAGAAGACGAGCCGCUGCACGCCCUGGUCACCGCCAACACCAUGGACAACGUCAAGAAGGCUGUGGAGCAGAUCCGUAACAUCUUGAAGCAGGGUAUCGAGACCCCCGAGGACCAGAACGACCUGCGGAAGAUGCAGCUGAGGGAGCUGGCCAGACUCAACGGCACCCUGAGAGAGGACGACAACAGGAUUCUGCGUCCGUGGCAGAGCUCGGAGCCCCGCAGCAUCACCAACACCACCCUCUGUACCAAGUGCGGUGGAGCAGGACACAUCUCCUCUGACUGCAAGUUCACCAGUUCCUUUUCCGCCCAGAGGACAGGCGAGCCCCCCCAGUCGGCCCAGGACAAGGCCCGGAUGGACAAGGAGUACCUGUCCCUCAUGGCGGAGCUGGGCGAGGCCCCCGUGCCCUCCUCCGGUGGGGGACACUCCAACAACCACGGCCGCCAGGGCUCGGGGCCCAACAACAACCAAUCCUCGAGCCGACCUCCCUGGAUGAACUCUGGCCCGUCGUCGGACAGAAACUUCCACAACAUGCACGGAGGUCACGGAGGUCACGGAGGUCACGGUGGCCACGGAGGGCACCACAACUACCCUCCCCCCAUGCCCAACAUGGGGGGCCCCCCCAUGUCCCACAACCCCAACGGAAUGCCCCCUCCCUGGAUGCAGCCCCCUCCUCCGCCCAUGGGACAGGGAGGACCGCACGGACAUCACAUGGGUCUGCUGCCUCCUCCGAUGGGCAUGAUGCCCCCCCCUCCUCCUCCUCCCAACAACCAGCCACCCCCCCCACCUUCAGGCCCCCUGCCGCCAUGGCAACAGCAGGCCCCCCCACCGCCUCCGACCAGCAGCAUGGCCACCAGUGCACCUCUGCCAUGGCAACAGAAUACCACCACCACCUCCAGUCCUGGCUCUGGGAACCUGCCGCCCUGGCAGCAACCCCAGCAGCCCUCUGCCUCCGCGCCUCAGCCCCCUCCACCCAUGGGCACCCCGGCCAUGGUGCCUCCUCCGCCAGGCGUUCAGCCCCCUCUCCCCCCCGGCGCCCCGCCUCCUCCUCCACCCCCACCUCCCGGCUCGGCCGGCAUGAUGUACGCCCCGCCUCCACCCCCUCCGCCCAUGGACCCUUCCAACUUUGUAACCAUGAUGGGGAUGGGUGUCCCAGGUAUGCCCCCAUUUGGCAUGCCCCCGGCACCGCCACCUCCACCCCCCCAAAAUUAAUCGAUCACAACCCCUGGUCCUCAGCCAAUCGCAGAGCAGUGUCCCAGCAGAUGUGGUUCAGCCCAGAGCUUCUCAAGCACGCACUGAUCACCCUGUUCUACCUACUGUAGUGCUCCCCAGACAGAGAGCUCCCUUCUACACAGAAAAGGACAACCUGGGCUUUAUUCUCCUAGUGUCGGUAAAUGUGCUGCAGAAAGCGAGAUGAUGUGAUUGAAUUGUAAAUUUGUUUAACUUAACUUCUUUUUUUUUUCUUUUUUUUCUGUUUUUAACGUUGGAUUUUGUGUCCUUAAACCCCCUGUGCUUAGAGUAUGGUAUGCAUAUAUUUGGCAGGGCACCGCAAUGGUUUAUCCUCUACUUUUACUUCUCAUUCUGCAAAUGACACAAAAAGACACGCUCAGUUUUUUGGCUCGACUAUACAUUUCUCUACAUGAAUUAAUUUUCAAUAGAAUUUCGACUGAUCAAUUUAAAAUGUUACCCCCCCCCACUUCCCAAUUACUUCAUGGCCAGUUGUCAGGCAUGCCGUUCCAGAUAGGUCUUGUGAAACUUCACUGUACAAUGCACCUGCUUUGGUUUCACUCAGAUGGAUAUUUUUGUAACUGAACCAAAUGAAGUGAUGUUUCCAGCUCUCCCAAUCUGUUGUUUUGUUACGCUGGCGUUUCUUUUCAGCUGCAUUGCAUCUAUAACUCAGCUGUCCUUAGCUACAUAUGCUAAUCCUUUUACCCAGAUUUCCAUGAAGCCGCAGGGGCCGGUGUAUAACCUGCUGCUGGUAUUGGACGUGGCCUGGACUACCUACACCUCGAUAUUCUCUGUACAUCCUCUUCCUCUCUCCUCUGUGGCUGUGUGCAGUGUUCUGAUUUCUUCAGCACCAUCACUAUCCCUAUUUGGUCCCUUUAGCUGCUUGAGUUAAUGAGGAAAAAAAAGAAGCAAUGUAACAUUAUACAAUUGUAUUUUUACUCUAUUUUUGGAAUUGGUUUGUCAGCCUUAUGUUGUGUUGGGACUAGCCUGAAUGAAUAGAAUUUGAAUUGUUGCUCGAUUGUUAUUAAAUUGAUCAUCUUUAAUGA